AAACUAUCACCAUAUCAUAUAUGUUAAAUAACAAUAAAUCCUAAUUCUAUUAAAAAUAGGCUAGACAACAAAAUUAUAGAUUAACUUAUAUCUAGUAUGCAGAUUAAAUUUAAUUUUAAUAAGUUAAUUCUUGUUAAUAACUACUAGUUGGCUGACUAGUGCAACUUAACAUCGUUAGAAGCCGAAGCUCGAGCAACGGUUUGUUUGGUUGCAAGCUUCGGCGAAAGUUACUCCCGCAACAAGGCUUGCGGGUUCGUUGGUUCGCGUCGGUUGAAGGAGUCGGUUCGUUUUUACCCGUCGGCAGUAAACGCGGCUAUAUUAUUGUUUUAACUCGCGAUAUGUACCUUUGUGCGUGUGUUGGUAGACGUCAGACUAUCAGGAAUAUUAAAACGAAAAACGAAAAGGCAAAAGGACCCGAAAGGAAAUCAUAGAGCAGGAAUCCCGCAAAAAAUAUAAAAGCGGACGGGGGUGGCGACCAUCCUGCCUCUCGCGGCGCCCGCUGCCAGUGUAACCACCCCCCACGGCGGCGAAAAUAAAAUACGAAAUCAACAAAAUACGUUCACGUAUGAACCGUUAACUGCGCCAUUCACAAUUCGCAACAAAAACGAAGAAGGAGAAUUGCAAAUGGCAAAGGACUCGGCGGGAAAGAGAGAGCGCUGUCGCCAGCAAUAAGCUCCAAGUCAACAACAAAAACGCAAAAACAAACAAGUGCAAAGGAGAUUUUAAUAAAAAUAUAAGUUUGGGAUUCUGAGAGAGAGACAGAGAGCGCUAAUAAAAAGCAGUUACAAUAAAUGCCAGCCUAAGAGGGACGCAAAAAACUAGGCUACACUAUAGGGCCAGGAGACAAGAACAACUAACUAUAUAAAGAUUAAAUUAAAAGUUGGAGCUAAAAGUUAAAAAAUGUGUUUCUGAAAAAAGUAGUGCAGUUGUGGAAUGAAAUUAAUAAUUUUUGUAUAAACAAAUAUUAAAAAAAAAAUAAUAGUUUUCCAUAAAGAAAUUAUAACUUAACAAAGGAACUAUUUUUAAUGCUAAUCUGAAGCAUCUAGACUCUCAAAUCAAAAAGAACUGUAAUCAGAAAAUUUAAAAAAAAAUGCAAAAAAAUCGGUUGGGAAUUAUAUAACGAUUGCGGUUCGCUUACUUGCAUCAUCCGUCGAGGGCGUGGCUUAGCAUCUGAUGUAAUGUGCAGCUGUGCAGCAGGACUCCCCAUUAUCACAUCAUCAUCAUCAUCGUCAUUUCCAUCAUCAUCAUCACCAGACCCGAUUAGCCCAGUCCCCUCUACAAGAUGUCCACGCCAGCAUCUGGACUAGCAUCUGGAGCGAAAGGAGCCAACGGAGUCAGGACGGAGACGGAUCACAUCAUAACCAUCAGCACUGCCAGCUUGACGGAGCCCGGGAGCGAGGAGCCUGUCAAGGGACUAUCCACGCCGGCCCGCAAACCCCAGUCCUCGAUUGGAAUACCAGUUCCCUCAGUAGUGGUCCAGAAUCCUCCCACUAGCAGUGAUCAGUCCGGGGCAGGGAAAAAGAGGUCCUUUGGCUGGUGCCGGCUGUCCCAGCUGGUGAGCUACCAGAACAACAUCGCAGAUGUUCAGCACCGCCGGGGAAGACGCCUCCACGGUCUGCAGCUGCCCCUGCAUCCUCUCCAGCUGUUCGGCUGGCUGGUACUCCUGCUCUUCGGAGUGGCCAGCUAUUGGGUCCUCAUCCCGGCGUUUCACGCUCCGCUGCAGGGUCCUCUAUAUGGUCUGAUCACGGGCCUCUACCUGGUGCACAUCGUAUCCCACCUGACAGCUCUGCUGACGGAUCCCGCGGACAAGGAGCUGCGCCGUGUUCACCGCAACGACCGGAUUGUGCCGGAAUUCGAUCGCACCAAGCACGGCCACGUGAUCGAGAACGGCAGGUGCCACUUGUGCAACAUCCGGACCUCGUCCAGCCGCACCAAGCACUGCUCCGUGUGCAACAAGUGUGUUGGAAAGUUCGAUCACCACUGCAAGUGGCUCAACCACUGCAUCGGCUCGCGCAACUAUGUGGCCUUCCUGAUGUGCGUAGUCAGUGCGGUGGUGGCCACCCUGGUCAUCGUGGCAGCCGUGGUGGCCCAAAUCGUCUUCUACUACGUCCAGCCGGAGUGGCUCAGCUUCUACUGGUGCCGGAUGGGCGCUACAUCCUCCUCGUCGUCAUCGUCGAGCCACCAAAUGGACGGGGGCGACUUCAUAAAUCUCACCCUAAGUCUGGGAAACGGCACAAUGAUGCUAAUGGAGCAAGAACCGGAAACGGUGCCGGGGGAGCCACCAAGUGUCGACAUGGAUGAAGAGUUGGCGAACAUAACCAUGUCCACGCUGCCCACCCUCCUGGAAAACUUUACGGCCCUAAUAGAAGCCAGCACGGCUCAGCCGGGGACUAGCAGUCUUAACAACCACACCGUGACGCCCGUCGUGGACGGAAUCGGAGUCCAUGAGACUAUUUUCCUACUUCUGCUCGGGGUCCUGGGACUUCUGGCCGCCGUGAGUGCCGGCCUGCUGCUGCACUUGUGCUUCUUUCACAUCUACAUCUCCUUUUUGGGACUGACUACCUACGAGUACAUCAGAAACCACCGCCAAGCUCAGGAGGCCAAGGCCAAGCAGCUACAGGAGGGAGCUGCCACUGUGGCCAAGAACGGGAGUGUCCACUUCUCCGCGUCCCUGCCCGAGCCCCACAAUCCGUCCAGAUCAUUGCCCGGGGGACAGCAGCUGUACUGCUGCUCCGGCGCCCCGCAUCCCAGCCAGCAGUCGCAGGAGGCGUUGGUGGGCCAAACGGAACAGUCCAUGCGGCUGCACUGCUGCUCCAGUUCGCGGGAGUUCCAUCAGAGUCGGCAGGCCAUCUACGUGUGCUCCCUGCUGGAGGAGACAGGACCCCAGGUGCAGUUGGACCAGGAUACUCUCAGCAGCUUCCACUGCUGCUCCAGCUUCGCGGCCAGCUCCCUGCAGCGGAGGGUUAGCGUGGCCAAGGGAUCGCUCAUCUCGGCAGAACCCCGUCCCCAGCGGCCAGCCACCUAUCUCCAGUACACGGAGCAGUGCACCCUUUGCACUUUCCGUCUGAGGAGGGGACCGGGCGGCGGAGCAGGCUCUUCGGGAGCGGUGAGUAGUGCCGGUGGGAGCAGCAGCACCCGCACCCUGACCAGCCAGACGGGAGGCGGAUCCUCCUCCACGGGCACGGCAGCUGGGAAUAUCUCGAAGCAUCAGCGGUGGAGACGGAAAUGGAACUGUUGUGCCUCGGUGCCGGACAGUCCCGAUGUCCCCAACGAUCUCUUGGCGGCGUUGACUUUUCGAGAGCGAGAAGAGGCAGCAGCGGCCGGGAAACUGAAUGCCCAGGAGCUGCCCAUACAGUUCAUACGCACCCUGAACGGCGGCCUGGAGCCGGAAUCCCUGCCCCUGCCCCUGAAGAUAACAACCACACCGACGCCGCCUAGAAGCUCCAGACUGCGGCACAUGUUGCGCCUGCUGGGACGCUAUCGCCGGCCCCGCUGUCGUCAUGGGUCGCAUCACGGAAUUGCGGCCAAGGAGCACGGCGGCGUGGGCGUCGGCAUCAAACAGAAUCAGAUACGUCCAUUGCAACUGCAGGCGGCGGGGCGGGGCUAUGCCACAAACUCGACGGCCACACCCACACCGCCAGCCAGCUCGCCGAGCCGGAGCUCCCUGGAGAGCAGCGAGCUGAGCACGAGCACGAGUCCCUCGAGCGGGCGCAAGGAGCUGAUGCUGCUGCCCACGUCCGUGAUAAGGGACGACAGUGUUACCACCUAUACGCUGACGCUGCCGCCCGCUCUGCCGCCUCCGACACGAAGGAAAAUGAACCAGACCAGCCAGGAGCUGGCAGAGCUGGCCGAGACCCUGGGAUUCGCCAGCAACCUGCAGCAGCUCUCGCAGCAGAACCAGCAGUCGCAGACGAACAGCAGGACACUGCCAAGUUUGGGCAAUGUCUACAGGCGGCAGCGGCGGAAGCACUUCCUGCGGACACGCUCGCCCACCCUGUCGCCCAUCCACGAGUCCGGCCUGUCGAACCCAACCUCGCCGCAGCCGCUGCGCCACCACCACCAGCACCAACACCAACACCAGAAUCCAGCCAACUCUAACUCCAAUCCGGCCAAAGCCACAUCCUCGCCACUGUUAAGCCGAGCCAGCGGCACCUCGUCUACGGCUCUCGUCCAGAAUCUAUGCAGUCUCGCCGGCGAAACCCUGAAGAAGACCGCCUCGAACAGCUCCCUCCAGAGUCUCAGCUCCAACUCCAGCAGCACCUAGAUGGCCGAGGCGUGUGGACCGUUCCUCGUAUGGUUUCUGUUUUAGUCCCUAGUUAAUAACGUAGUUAAUAUGGUGAACGAUGAAGGCGGCGAGGCAUCCCCGACAGCAAAGCUUGGAGGCUAUGACUUCUAUCGCUCCACCCUCGGAUCUCCGCGCUACGUGGUAGCACCCAUGGUGGACCAAAGCGAACUGGCCUGGCGGAUGCUGUGCCGUCGAUAUGGAGCCCA